UCAGUGGGGAGUAAAAAGAGAACAAGCAACCCAUGCGUCAGUUCUAGAAAAGAGCUUGGGCUGCCUGCGUAAUCGCUAAAAAACGUCACAACUAGCUACAAAACCUUCGACUGGGUUACAAUUAAUAAGAUGAAAGUGAUCUGUGCCGGUCUACCCCAGACAGGAACCACAUCCAUCGCUCAUGCACUGCGAAUUCUAGGCUACAAAGUCUACGAUUACGAUGAACAAAUCCUGUACUAUAUGAACGAGUGGUUAGAUUUGUACAAACAUGGUAAGGUGCCCGAUUUCUAUGCCAUGUUCAAAGAUGUAGACGUUGUGAUUGACUACCCGGGCAAUUUCUUCUUCGAAGAGAUCAUGGAAGCAUUUCCUGAUGCUAAGGUUAUUCUAUCCGAACGAGAAGAAGAUAUUUGGAUCAGACGUUAUGUCAACAACAUGGAGCUUUUUGCCAGCACGAAUAAGCUUAUUAUAAAGAUGCAAAACUUAAUUCCGACUUUCAAAAAGUUUUGGUUCGUGAUUCUCAACUUGAGAAUGGCAAGCCUGGGAAUUUCUGAUCCAAAGUCGUCCUACAUCUGUCGCAAGCGAUAUCGCUGGCACAACGAUCGAGUCAAGUCUGUAGUUCCUGCAGACAAGCUGCUUGUCUACAGUGUCAAACAAGGAUGGGAACCAUUGUGUGAGUUCACUGGCAAGAAAAUCCCAGACCAGCCAUUUCCACACUUGAAUAUCAAGGGAGAAAUUUUCCGUACGUACCUAACAGAAACCGAGUUGGGAAGGAAAAUAGCACAAGAAUUUAGAGUUGCGAAAGUGUGUUGUGUAGCGGUGAUGGUGGCUCUGAUUGGUGUGGUUUUGAUCUACCUGUUUACACUAUUUUAAUGGAACUUUGCAAAAGAGGCAAGCCGUUUAGAUUAGUUGCUGAUAGCGGCUGAAUUAGAAGUAGAAUUCUUUGGUUCUUUAGACCAUUGUAGAUGGCCAAAUAAAUGCGGGCUUUCGUCAGACGAAUUCUCAGACGGUCAUUUAUCUAUAGUUUCGACUCAGAUAAUAAGAUUAUUGAGAGGGAGUUUCUGUAAGAGCGUACCACUGUGUCUCAGCCCCAAAAAUAUAUUUCUUUUACAUUUUUACCAUCGAAACUACUAUCUGCCCUUACUACAAAACUGGAGCUAUAAUCGUUUUAAAUUCUUUUUUUAAGCCGCUUUACUCAUUUUUAUCCAUCCACCCCAAAUCAGUCAAAACAUGCCAAUUUUCAAAGUCGCCGAAAAGCCUAUUUUCAAAGUCAGUCACGGGUUUUUUUCUGGAAAUAAAAGCUUGAUUUUUUCAGUCGCCGAAGCCUACUUUCAAAGUUAGUUUUCUCGUUUUUUUGUCCUGCAAAUAAAAGCUUGAUUUUUUCAUAGCU